CGAUGUUGACAUUGUUAAGUUUACGUUAGAAAUUCAGGAUUCAGAAGUCAGAAUUCAAUCAGUCAUCAAUAGCAAAACAGGGCAAUCGGAACUAAACGUUAAAGAUCUGAAGACCCAAGAAGCUUUAUUGAACAAAACUUCUCCAUGAAAAGUGAUUAUACCGUUGGCGAGGACGUCGUCAAUUUCGCUAGAAAAAGUCCAAACUCGUUCCCGGAACGGGAUCUGCCCACCCACUCGCUCCAAAGAGGGCAUAUUUUCAAACAUGAGGGACCAGAUGCGCCCCAUUAUGCUCACAAGAGCACAAGAUUGGAGUCGUUUCAUAAUUGGCCACGAGCAUUGCGCCAAACACCACAGGAAUUAGCCGACGCUGGAUUCUUUUAUCAAGGGACGGGGGAUCAAGUUCUUUGUUUCUAUUGUGGCGGAGGCUUGAAGAGUUGGGAUCCGCUGGAUGAACCGUGGCGGGAGCAUGCGAAAUGGCACGGACAUUGUGAAUUCGUGUUGAUGGUAAAAGGCAAAGCCUUCGUACACCAAGUUUUACGAGAAGGAGAAAGCAGGUCAACCACCCAAUCUCCCGAUAUGGCAGCCAAUUCAAGAGCUUCAGUGGAAGCGGAGGAUUUGAAGCUUGGUGGAAUCAAUCAAGAGAAUCAGAAGAACUCCCCAAGAUUGCCACCAAGUAAGAAAACACUCACUUGUCACCAUUCCACGGAAGAGCUUUUUAGUGAAAAUGAGAAACUAAAAGAAGACCGAUUGUGUCGCAUUUGUUUCGACAAUGAGAGGCAGUUAGUGUUUAUGCCUUGCGGCCAUUUAUUUGCUUGUGGAAGUUGUGGGCUCAAUUUAACCAACUGUCCCGUGUGUCGCACAAAAAUUGGAGCCUCAAUACGAAUAUAUAUGUCUUAGUAAGAAGCCAUUCAACUCUC